AUGGUGGUGUUGAAUGCACUAGUGUUGGAGCCACCAGAAGAUUCAUUAGGAAUGGAUGCCAUUGAGAAGCCGGCAUUGAAGGUGAUUAAAGUGUUUGUGGAUGUAUUUUCCAUGGAACCUUCAGAGGUGUUUAUCGAUGCUUCGUUGUUGCAUGAGAGCAUGCUUGUGGAGGGAAAAGAAAACAGGAUUCCGAAUUGGGAUCUUAAUUGUGGGAUGGAGGAAAUGCAAUAUGUUGCCUUAGCACAUUGUCUAGAUACUUGGAGGAUGUACUUGUCGCAUUGUAGGUUUCUUGAAAGGACAUGCGUGAUGCACAAUCACAUAUACAUCAUGGGCACAAUUUGUGCCAACUUAGACAUCUAUAUAGAUGUGAUGGAAAAGUUCAACUUCGAGUUGUCUUACGUAUCCUUGAGGCAUAGGGACCUUGAGAAUCAGUUUGGUGAGAUCAUGGUAGAGGUGGAGCAAUUCAUUUCUUUGGCGUCGGAUCCUUCGGCAAGUGAAUUAGAUGAGGACUCGUGGGUUAGUAUGGCAAUUGAUAGCAUCGUGAGAGAUUAUAUGUUUGCAAAAGGGGCUGAAAACCUAGAGGCUAAAGAGGAGCCUCAAGAGAUGGUUAAGGCUAAGGAAGAGCAUAUGGAAAAUUCCAAUGAAGAAGUCGUUCGAGUAGAGCCAAGUGAUGUGGAGAUGAGUGGAAGCCACCAAGGAGUUGAGCCAACAAGGGCGUGA